AUGAGCCAAAAUGUCAGAUUUUGCAAUGGUACCAUUGUAUUUCGCUCUAUUCCUGUGUGUGUUUGUAUUGCAGAGGUGGGCUAUUUUACGCAUAAAUGCGAAAACGACAUUGUCUGCCAUAAUACUUCUGGGAAAAUUCCACAUUUCAAUGCGAGGAUAUUUUUCGAUAACAAAGAACAAAUUGGCAGUGUGGACGAGAUUUUUGGUGGAUUAAAAGAUAAUGGUUUCACAGUGAAAUUGGCCAGUGGCCUAAAGGCUAGUUCAUUUGAGCAAGAUCAGGUACUGUACAUUGAUCCAAACAAACUGUUACCCAUCGAACGAUUCCUUCCAAACGGAGCUACCAGACGUGGACGGGGGCAAACUCGUGGUGGUGGUCCAGGACGCGAGUCCCUCCAGGACGAGAAGCCCCAUUUCGUUCUGUUGAUGAAAAUAUCAGUUUCAGGUGGUCGUGGGGGACGUGGCGGUGGCGGCCGAGGUGGAUUUCGAGGUGAAAAUUUGAACUUCAAUCUUAUCUUCAUAGAUUUUCUAUUAAUAUUGCUGAUUUGA